GCCGAAUGUUCGGUUUCAUAAAUGCAACCGGACGGCGCCGGCCAGGAUUCAAACGCCCUCGACGGUUCGUACAGUGCGGUUGUCGUGCCGAUACUUUUUUCUGUCUCUCGUAUCGUCUCUCUAUUGUAUCAACCUGUUUUCCUGUCUUUUUGUGUACACUUCCAUCCCAUACCUAACCUACCUGGACUUCGGUAUCGGCCCGCCAUUUCCUUUUCCCCCGGGGUCUACUACCUAGUGCGCGGCUCUUUCCACACUCUCCGACAAAACAAACUGAAAAAAAAACAAAAGCGUCACCAUCAUCUGUCACGUGCUAGUAGUGUCUGCAGUACGGUGCGUGAGUGUUUGUGUGUGUGUGUGUGUGUAAGUGUUUACUUUCGCUCGGUUAGUGUUUCUCUGUCGUCUGUCAACGCUUUCAUCUACUCGAUAGUUGCAAACCAAAGCGUGUAAAAUUGUGCAAAAAGAGAAGAUAAAUAAAGCCUAUCGGUGGAAGUGUAGUGAAAAUCGGUGCUGAUCGACAUACUAAGCCCGUACUAUCGCGCACAGUGCACCGUGAAUCUGUGAAAUCAAUGCUGAAAGAAGAAGUGGCCGGGCAAGUUCUAGUAGUGGCCAACCAAACGAUCGGCUUGAGGCAAUGAGCGCUAGCAACUGUGCGGGACGCUGUCGCGUGUUUGGUGUCGUUUCGGUUUAACCACCUUUAGUUCGUCGGUGUUUCGGAUGAGUUUUUGAGUGCAGUUUUGGUGUGUAUUGUGUGCCUGGUCUUGUCCCACAGCGAUUGGGAUUCAAUGUUUCGUCGCAUCCACCGUGCAAUGGUGCGGGCUGCUGCGGCUGCUGUAACGAGCAGCUAGAAAGGGCAUAAACGGCCCCCCCGCACAAAACGCCACCAUGAACUAGGAUAACGCCCUUCGGUUCGUCCUUACACUAUCGGUCGUUCUACUGUCUCUCUUUCCCUCCAGCUCUGUCUCGAAGACUGUCUCGGAUCUCUGCCUGUACCGUGCAGUUGACGAGGCUGAUGAACUGUGUCGUACCGCUUCUGCUCCUCUGAGCCUGUACUGUACUGUAACACACCUCCGCUCAGAACGACCGAAACGACGAACUCUCUACCGUAAAGCUGUCUGUGCUUAUCUCUACAAGUCUGUUGCCGUUUCGCUGGCAAACCGUUUCGUCUAUCCUGAACUGGUACUCUGAAGUUGUAAGCUGCAGCAACCUGUCCGAGCAGCGACUACCGCUGUUCCCUCUAGAUGCAGCAACAACAACAACAACAACAACAAAAACAUCGGAUUAAGACGCAGUUUUGCAGACGAAAGUAAAGUCCAAUAUUAUUUCCGCUGCUCGCCAAACGAGCGGCAAACCGAAAAGCAAUAGGAAGUAAAGCAAUAAAGCUGUCAAAGCAAUAGCAACCGCAGCAGGAGCCAGGUUGCCACAGCAAGUAGGCUGUGCGAUCGAUUUUCGAUGCAAACGAACGAACCGGGCUCCGGUCGGCCGGUGUCCGGUAGGUGCUGCCCCGGCAGUGGCAUCGUCCAUCACCACCACCACCACCACCACCAAGUGCUGCGGCUUGGAUGAAGCGGUAUGGCGCCGGCCCCAGUGCCACCAGGUUCGAUGUGUUGGGUUAUGUGUUAGUGUAAGUCUGUUUCCGGCCUGUUUUGGUUGAUUUUGUCGGGCAUCUUCUGCUUGAUGGACUAACCUCGUUCGAAUCUUGCCACUCUCUGUGCCGUUGUGUAGCGUUUUACGCGUCCGUUUUUAACGCAAACAUUCGCAGCUCCGUGUUGGUGUGACGUGUGUAGCGAAAACGAAAGAAAAAAACUGUCCCACCAUCCCCCAAAAAAAGGACUGCACAAUUCUUCAUACUCAUCCGCGGUGCACGUGCUCGGUCUUAAACUGGUUCCGGUGCGGAAUAAUACUGCGCUCCCUUCGUUGCGCCACUCUCGGUCGUGCAAAGUGCUUUCGUAUCUGUGUCACGUUCUGGCGUAAAAUUUAUUCCAUUCUUCUGCUGCUGGUGCCUUCAGAGGCGUCAGCGUAGCACCGGAAUUCCCCCACGGGAGAAUCCACCUCCCGGAGCAGUCCCAGCACGUCCUGAGCCAGGGCGGAUAUAAAACUGUACGGUAGCCUUUCACGUAUCCGGUUCGUGCGGGUGCCACUCCGGGUGCUUCACCUUAACAAGGAUCGACACGCGGGGAAGAAUCAACAAUUGCUGAACAUACCAAGUGGUGAUAUAUCGUGCUGAAAGUCGAUCCUGCUCGAAGCUCUGUGAGUGGUGGCGAGUAUUUACCUCGAAUGCAACCAGUAGUAUUGAUUGCGAUAAGGAAGAACCGAAACAAUCGCUAGCUCGCCAUGGCACGGAUGGUUCAACCGUGAGGAGCGCGACGAGCGAUGCACUUGCUGCAUUUGCAGGCCAGUAUUUAGAAGUACCUGAACGACAAAAUCCUCAUCAGUCCCGAGUCCUUAACCCGAGGGCAUUAUUUCGGGGUAGCGCGAGCACGACUUGGAGCUCGCGGAAAGUCUUCGUCCACAUUCUUCAUUGACACCCACAAACAAACAAAGAAACGCCCACUCUCAAAAUGCCCCGCUGUUUGAUGGCGAAAAAAUGGAAAGCCUACCCGUGGCCGGACCGGGCAGAGGAGCAACCGACCGGCGAGCAGGAGCAGCUGGACACGGUCCCAACCGCGGGCAGCUCUCACACGACGACAGCAUCUUCACCCGCGACGGUGGACCGAAGCAGUAGCAGCAGCAGUAGUAGUAGUGGAAGUGGUGCCGGUAGCAGCAGUAGUAGCAAUAGCAGUAGUGAUGCCAGCAGCACAUCCAGCUCCCCUUCCACGAUGGCGCCUGAGUGCGGUCAACCGCCGGCAGCGAGUGAAAUCGUCGAGGAGGACGAAGAGAUCGACGUGGUGGGCGAUUCGCCGGCGGCAGCGACGGCCACGGCAGCGAGCAGCAAGUCCACCGGCAGCACCGUGGCCACCUGUUGGGGUCCCUCCUCACCGACGGCCGGUGCAACGGCACCGAGCCCGCCGCCCCACUCGCCGGAAGCGGCAACGCGCGAGUCGACCAUCCUGUACAACGGUUACGGUCAGGACAUUACGCAUCACUUUACCGCCUACCUGCCAAAGCUGGACCCGGAGUCUUCAAGCUACCAACAGCAGCAACAGCAGCACCAACAACAACAGCAGUCCUCUUCACAGCAACAGUUCGUCGCACUCGCACCUGUCCAACACUGUGCAACGCCUGCAACCGCCUCUUCCGCCUCACCGCCAGCUGCGCCCAGUGUCGCCACGGACAGCCCACAGCGUUCCCCCGCGCAGAAGAAGUCCCUCGCGAUGUGCUUCACCAGCACCGGCACUGCCCUCUCGCUCCCGCCCAAGAAGAAGGACAUCUACCGGCCGUACUCGCUGGACGACAGGCCACCCCGGCCGAGCUACGAGCUGCGCAUCCCGGCCGAGGAGGACCUGCACGCGGCCCACGCCAUCCUGGACCUGAGCGCGUCGACGGCUUUCCUACCGCCGCCGGCACCGCACCAACUGCUCGCCCAGCAGCAGCCGCCCUCGCCCUCGGUGCAGCAAUCCACCCCGGCCCCGGUCGUGCUAGUAGUGCCCCCGAAACCCGCCAUCGCCGAGCCCGACCGGCGGCCGCUUCAAGCACAUCCUCAGCAGCAGCCGCCCCAGCAGCAGCAACAGCUUCAUCAGACGGCUUCUCCCCCGCCCCUACCGCUGCAGUCACCGCCCGCGACAACGGUACCGCACGCCCUCGGCUCGCCGGAGCAGAACGAGAACCGCAACAGCACCAACACGCUGCCCGGGUACGCGGCGCACGAUGCCACCAGCAUGGACUCGUCCUCGGACGAGCUGGGCCAGUCGGCCGAAUCGUCCGACUCGGAGGGCAGGAAUGGGUCGAAAACGGUUGCCUACACGUACGAGGCGUUCUUCGUCAGCGAUGGCCGGUCGAAGAAGAAGAUGGCCGACCCGAAGACGGCCCUCGAGAACAAGGCCAAGUACACGUGCACCGAGUGCGGCAAGCAGUACGCCACCUCGAGCAAUCUGUCGCGCCACAAACAAACGCACCGCAGCCUGGACUCGCAGUCGGCCAAGAAGUGCCACACGUGCGGCAAGGCGUACGUCUCCAUGCCCGCGCUGGCCAUGCACGUGCUUACGCACAAGCUGUCGCACAGUUGCGGGGUGUGUGGGAAGCUGUUCUCGCGGCCCUGGCUGCUGCAGGGCCAUCUGCGGUCGCACACGGGCGAAAAGCCGUACGGUUGCGCACACUGCGGCAAAGCGUUUGCCGACCGGUCGAACCUGCGCGCCCACAUGCAGACGCACUCGAUCGACAAGAACUACCAGUGCGGCCGGUGUCACAAAACGUUCGCGCUUAAGUCGUACCUCAACAAGCAUCUGGAGUCGGCCUGCUUCAAGGAGGAUGGUGCGCCACAGUCGCCCCUGAUGUCGCCGAUGUCACCCGGCUCGCUCGAUGGUUCCUCGCUGGACGAUUUGCGCUCGACGCCGCUGUCCGAGCGGCGCCAGCCGGUUGCGCUCAAGCGCGAGCGGAACGUCGAUAUCGAGGGCGACGAGUCGGACGAUGCGAUGGCGUGUCCGUCGCCCCUGUCACCGGUACCUCACCAUCUUACCAUCAGCCCGGGCGCCCCGAACGGUACCGGCAGCAUCUUUGUGAUGAAAAACCUCCAGUCCGCCGGUCGGCUGGCCGGUAGUGCAUCGCCGGGCUCGGGGACGGCAGCGGCGGCGGCAGCGGCAGCAGCCGCAGCAGCCGCCGCCGUGCUCGGUCCGGGCGCCAUCCUAACGACGACGACAGCGCAUCAGCCCCAUCACCACAGCCCGCAUCAGCAGCACCAUCCGCACCUCCAACUGCAUCAGCACCAGCAUCCGGCGGCGGCGGCGGCGGCGGCGGCUGCUGCUGCGGCUGCCGCGGCGGCCGCUGCAGCCGUGCAGAUAAACGUCAACUUUGCCGGGUAACCGGCGCAGCAAGCGACGGCAUGAAGCGGGAUCGCCGGCGGCAAACAAUAAUUCGUUUACGCACUGCUGAAUUGCAUACAUCUAGGCGCAUUGAGGGCGCGCGGUUCGUAAGUAGUCACUUAAGCAUUUGAUUGUGUUUUUCUUUCCCUCGAACUAAACUUCUCAUCAAGCGUUAUUACUUCUGCAAGCGGGCUCACAGUUACGCACAAGCCUGCUUUAGAGCGAAGAUGGGGAACGGGGGUGUGUAGGAACGAACUGUGUAGCAACUAGAAACACCGUUAUACAUAAACAAACAUACACAGAGAGAGAGAGAGAGAAACACUAUUCCAACUAUAACAAAACAAGAUAGCGAUCGCAAAACAAUAGAUCAUUCUGUGCCCCUCCCCGCUCUCGAACAGCAUACAACAACAGCUACACGGUGUUGUCUAGUACCCUUCC